CGCCCCUCCCGCCCCGGCCGCGCGGAGGAACGAAGAUGGCCGGGCGCGCCGCGGGAAUCGAGGGGCCGCUGGCAGCAGCGGCGGUGCCGGCGGCGGUGGCGGCUCCGGGGCUGUGACUCCACGCGUGGCGGCGCUCCGAGCGACCCGGGCGAGCAGGCGGGAGACGCGGGCGGCGACGCGGAGGGCCGGGCGGGCGGCGGGUGGACGCCGGUGCGCGGGCGCCGGGCGGAGGAUGCACCGGGUGCGGCGGGCGGCUCCCCGCGGCUGCCCCCGCGCCCCGGGCUCCGGGCCUUAGUGCUGGCGGAGGAGGCGGCGCGCGCGGGGCGGCCGGGCGGCGGAGGCGGCAGCGGGGCUCGUGCGGUCAUGCCGUGGCUGAGCGGCGGCCGGCGGCGGCGGCGGGGAGAGCCGCGGGAGGCCCCGCGGGAGCCGCCGCCGCCCGCGCAGCCCCCUCGGGAGCCGCCGCCGCCCGCGCCCCCCGCCGCGGCCCCCGCGCCCCCCGCGCCCUCCGCGCCGCCGCCUCCGCGGGCCCGGGAGAGCGCCGAGCUGCCGCUGCCCGCCGGCUGGGAGGAGGCGCGCGACUACGACGGCCGCGUCUUCUACAUCGAUCACAACACGCGCCAGACGUCGUGGAUCGACCCCCGCGACCGGAUAACAAAGCCAUUGACCUUUGCCGAUUGUGUUGGAGAUGAACUUCCUUUAGGAUGGGAGACGGUAUACGAUAAACAAAUUGGAAUUUAUUACAUGGACCACAUAAAUAAGCUCACGCAGAUCGAGGACCCCCGCGAACAGUGGCGGCGCGAGCAGGAACGGAUGCUGAAGGAGUACUUGAUCGUGGCCCAGGAGGCGCUGAAUGCCAAGAAGGAGAUCUACCAGAUUAAGCAGCAGCGGUUCGAGCUGGCGCAGGAGGAGUACCAGCAGCUGCACAGGCUGUGCGAGGACGACAGCCGCUCCCACGCCAGCUCCUUCUCUGGAUAUUCAGCAAAUACAAAGUACGACCCAUACCAAAUUAAAGCAGAAAUAGCAAGUCGUCGCGAUAGGCUUUCCAGACUGAAACGCGAGCUGACGCAGAUGAAGCAGGAGCUGCAGUCCAAGGAGAAGGGGGUGGAGACCCUGCGAGAGAUCGAUCGGAAGAUGUCAAGCGCUCAUACCAGCUACAAACCGGACGAGGCGCAGGCGAUAAUGACCGAGCUCCGGACCAUCAAGAAAGCCAUCUGCACCGGCGAGAAGGAGAGGCGGGACCUGAUGCAGAGCCUGGCCAAGCUGACUGAUGGCUUCAGGAAUAGCUUUUCUCUCAGCGACCCUCCGCAAGACUUCCCUCACAAUCCAGGUGUGCUCAGCGAUUCCUUACCUCAGCAGUUCUGCGAUGCUGGGUCUCAGACUGACAUCAUUGGAGAGUUUGUCUUUGAUGAUAAAACAAGACUCGUGGACCGCGUCAGGCUUAAUUGGCAGUAUGAGGAAGCCAGAAAGAGAGUCUCGACAAUCCAGCAGCAGCUGGCCCAGCUAGAGAACGAGUCAUGGCCAGGCCUGGCGGAGGCCGACAGGGACCGGUUGCAGCUCAUCAAGGAGAAGGAAGCCCUGCUCCAGGAGCUGCAGCUCAUCGUCCAGCAGAGAAGGCCGGCGGAAGACGUGGCACGGCUGGAGGCGGAGAGGAGGCGCCUGGAGGAGGAGAUCCAGCGCGCCCGGGCCACGUCGGUGCAGGGCGCCACGGAAAGGAUUCUGCUUCAGGAAAAAAGAAAUUGUCUCCUUAUGCAGCUGGAAGAAGCUACCCGCUUGACAUCCUAUCUCCAGUCCCAGUUAAAAAGCCUGUCGGCCAGCAGCCUGACUGUGUCUUCAGGGAGCAGUCGCGGGUCCCUGGCCUCCAGCCGGGGCUCGCUGGCCUCCAGCCGCGGGUCCUUGAGCUCCGUCAGCUUCACCGACAUCUACGGCCUCCCACAGUACGAGAAACCCGACGCCGAGUGUGGCCAGCUUCUGCGCUUCGAUCUCAUUCCCUUCGACUCCCUGGGACAAGACGCCCCCUUCUUGGACCCCCCGGUGCCCUCGGGCUUCCACAAGCAGAGGCGCUCCCUGGACACGCCACAGUCCUUGGCCUCCCUGUCCUCCCGCUCCUCCCUGUCUUCUCUGUCUCCCCCGAGCUCACCCUUGGACACGCCCUUCCUCCCGGCCUCGCGCGACUCGCCCUUGGCCCAACUGGGGGACAGUUUUGAGGUGCCCGGCCUGGGCACCCUCGACAGACUGCGGGCCCAGGCCUCUGCUUUGGGGGAUGAAGACUUGCAGGGCACGGCCUCUCUUCAGCCGCACGGGUUCCCUGGGGAUGGGGAAGGACCUCGCGAGCGAGGACCCCAAGCGACCGUCACUCCCACGGCUGCCACAGUGACUCUUCGAGAAGACAGUGCCAGGAGGCUGGAGAGGAGAGCACGCCGAGUGUCCGCAUGCCUGUCGGAUUAUUCGCUGGCGAGUGAUAGCGGGGUAUUUGAGCCUCCAAACAAAAGGAGUGAAGAUGCCGACGAGUCUGCUUCCGGAGAUGCCUGUGGGAACGAAGGGCCCCAGAUCCACGUGGGAUUCUUGCUUGACAGCGCCAACGAGUGUCUUCUCGUGAACUUGCUCCAGCUGAAGAACGUGGCGGGGCUGGUCCUGAAGGAGGACUGCAAGAUACACAUCCGAGUCUAUGUGCCGCCGGUCGACUCUGGCGCCCCGAGCACCUACUGCUCUAAGGCUCUGGAAUUCCAGGCCCCCCUGGUAUUCAAUGAAAUUUUCAGAAUCCCUGUGCAUUCAAGCAUGUUGACGUUGAAGUCACUGCAGCUGUACGUGUGUGCGCUGACUCAGCAGCUGCAGGAGGAACUGCUGGGCAUUGCUCAGAUCAACCUGGCGGACUACGAGGGGUCCAGCGAAAUGCAGCUGCGCUGGUACGCGGUGCAGGUGUUCAGCAGCUGCGGGCCGCCCAGGGCGAGGGAGAGCGAGCGGCUGGGGGCUGCUGCUGGGGACCCCACACAAGCUGCCACCGCCGGGAAGACGGAUGCGGUGACGGCGCUGCUGGCCAGAACCACAGCCCAGCUGCAGGCCGUGGAGCGCGAGCUGGCCGAGGAACGGGUGAAGCUGGAGUGCGCCGAGGACGAGAUCCUCGAGCUGGGGCGGAAGGAGGAGCUGGCCGAGGCCGUGUCUGAGAGGAGCUGGCAGGCUGACUCGGUGGACAGUGGCUGCAGCAGCUGUGCCCAGACCAGCCCCCCACACCCGGAGCCCUGCUGUGUGGGCGGCGACCCCCUCCACGGACAUGCAUUUGCUGGCCAGGCCGACCCUUACAGCCCCGAGAAACUUCAGCCCCCACCUCUAAAGGUCGAUAAAGAAACCAACACAGAAGACGUCUUCCUGGACGAAGUGGCGAGUCUCCCGAAGGAGAGGCCCGGCCGCAGGGCCCGAGGGUCGCCUUUCGUUCGGAGUAGCACAAUCGUGCGGUCGCAGACCUUCUCCCCUGGAGCGCGAAGCCAGUACGUUUGCAGACUUUACCGGAGUGACAGCGACAGUUCAACGCUGCCCCGGAAGUCCCCGUUUGUCCGAAACACCUUGGAAAGACGGACCCUUCGCUACAAGCAGCCCUGCAGGUCCUCCCUGGCCGAGCUCAUGGCCCGCACCUCCCUGGACCUGGAGCUGGAUCUCCAGGCCUCCAGAACGCGCCAGAGGCAGCUGAACGAGGAGAUCUGCACCCUGCGGGAACUGAGGCAGCGGCUAGAAGACGCGCAGCUCCGAGGCCAGACGGACCUCCCACACUGGGUGCUGCGGGACGAGCGGUUCCGGAGCCUGCUGAAGGAAGCUGAGAGGCAGACAAGACAGACCAAACUUGACUUCCAUCAAGAACAGGCAGCUGAGAAGAUGCUGAAGAAGGCCUCCAGAGGGGUGUGCCAGCUGCGUGGCCAGAACCACCAGGAGCCCAUCCAGGUGCAGACCUUCAGGGAGAAGAUAGCAUUUUUUACAAGACCAAGGAUUAAUGUGCCUCCUCUGCCUGCCGACGACGUUUGACAUAGUGCUUUGUACACAUGAAGUAUUUAUCCGCCUGUUUUAUUUUCAUGAAGUUCUUAGACUAGCUAAAUUUGUCCUUAAAAUAUUUGUGCAAAGCUAUUAAUAUACACACUUUGUAAAAAACACACACACAUAUAUCUAUACGUAUAUAUUUUAUAAUAGUGACGGCAACAGGGCUUGGUUUUUCCUUGUUGUGAAACUGACAUCUCUGAAAACAGGUUAUUUUGUAAAAGAACAGCUGUCAUGUUAAGAAUGUACAGUUUUUAAGCUGUUUUAUUUGACUUAAAGGCUGGAAGACAGAAACAAAGUGAGUUCAGGCAAAUUCACUGUAUUGUAAUUUAUUUAUAAUACUUUUUUUCCUUGAAG